AUGUCCAUCCUCCGAUCCUUUCUCCCAAUAGUAGCAAGAUCAAAUGGUUGGAGAUGCUUUUCUACUGGGGUUCCUUCUGAUAUGAUAGCAGAGCUUAAUAAGGAAAUGGAGUCAGUAUUUGGUGAAUCUCCAUCAUCCAGUCCUUUGGGCUCAAGUCCGUCCCAGCAACCAGCCCGACAUAGUAAUGGAGCAGAGGAUUCACCACUAGUGCUUACCCAUACUGAUAGCAGCGGACAGGCGAAGAUGGUUGAUGUCUCUCCCAAAGAAGACAGUAAGAGAGUCGCUAUAGCUAGCUGCAGGGUUUUGCUAGGCCAGAAGGUGUUCAAUUUGGUGGCAUCUAACGAGAUUGCGAAAGGAGAUGUUCUUACUGUUGCAAAGAUUGCUGGAAUAACUGGUGCAAAGCAAACCAGCAAUCUUAUACCCUUGUGCCACAACAUUAAUCUUUCACAUGUUCGUGUUGAUCUCACUCUAAAUGAAGAGGAUUCUAGUGUCGUGAUAGAAGGGGAAGCCACAACCAGCGGAAAGACUGGGGUUGAGAUGGAAGCAUUGACUGCUGUAGCCAUUGCUGGCCUCACAGUUUAUGACAUGUGCAAAGCUGCUUCAAAGGACAUUUGUAUAACAGAUGUCUGUCUCCAACACAAGUCUGGGGGGAAGAGCGGAAGCUGGUCCAGGAAUUAA